UCAACAAAUGAUCUGCAUUAUAACAAUCAAGUCGGAGAGUUAACUAGUUAGGUUUUUGUUGGUUUUGUUUAAACAGGUCAUGUUUAGACAGCAUUAGGCCGUCUCUUCUGGGGAAAUUGUGAAAUGAAAGAAAAAUGCAACCAUCUGAGAAGCUACAGAGUUAUGAAAGGGGUCAUAUUCUACCACUGAGAUUGCAGAAAGACAAGGAGAGAAAAGGAGACGCUAUGAAAGACUGCCAGCAGGACAUUUUCCCUUAUGACAAAUGGUCGAAUCCCGUCCAAAGGAGAGGCAACUCUGUCACAGCCAGCCGCAAAAUAUAUUCUGAGGCCAGUAACAGGAGACAGGAGAAACAUGAUAGGAGUAAAUUAGAGCAUUCCGAUACUGACUCCAAAGAGCCAUCCCGAGAAAGAGGUGAAACCAACUGCAAAUCACUCAAUGAGUACCAGAUAUUACACAAGGACGAGCGCAAACUUUAUGAAAAUGAGAUCCGACUGACACAAGGAAUACACAAAAGGAAAAUUUUAUUAGAAGAAAAGCUGUUAAAUGCAGCAGAAAGACUGAGGAAGCUUCAACUGAGCACUGCAUCUGAGGACCAGGUGAAAGAGGAGCAAAGGGACACAGGGAAAGCAGAAAACCGGUUAUAUUAUACAGGGAAAGGAAGCUGGGAUUGGGAGAGCGCCAGAGACAGGGCUGUAGGAGGCAGAAGACAUGAAAGACAAGGAGAGGAACUCAGUAACCGGGUUAGAGUGAAAGAUGGUAUAAAAAGACAGGAGACUCACAUGAAAGAGACAAAUGCUGGUCAGAAAGAGAAAUGGGUAGAAGGAACAGACUGGGAGAACAGUGGAAGAAAUACCCAGAGAACCACAAAGACUGUGGUAAAGGAAUGGGACCAUUUUGAAGAAAUGACAAGGCAUAAGAGGGAAAGAGCAAGAACUGAAAAAGACAAGACAAGAAGAGAAAGAGCAAUGGAUUGGCAAGGGAAUGAGAUGAGAGAAUGGGACCAGAGAGAUUGGCAGGAAGAGGAAAAGGUGAGAGUGAAUUAUGGUGAAAAGAGAAGACCUGAACGAGCAAAACUUAAGAGAGACAAAGAGAGAGACACUGAAGAUCAGCAAUGGGACCUAAUGGACAACUUUGCUUCAAAUUCACAUAUUAAAGUGAAAGCUGUCUCCAAGCAUGACAAAACAAAUAUAGCUGUAGAAGACCAUUUGGCAACUCAAGAGAGAGUGCAUCAUUACAGUAACAAAGUUGAAGAGGAGAUGCAUCUCAUAAUGCAACCAUCUGAAGCUGCUCCAAGCACUCAUAAUGGUGAAAUGCACCAGCAAGUGCAGCUCAGUUCAGAAAGUAAUCCUUAUGCUGAUAUCCAAUUUGUACCUUGUACAAUGUGUAAUAAGCGUGUGAGGAAAGAAAGGCUGGACACGCAUAUCAGAACUAAUCACACAAACCAAAAACGCAAACAUAAAGUCUACUCCAGUUCAGAGUACCGGGCCAAAGGCACAGAGCUAGAGAAGUUUCUGAAGUUAAAAGACAAAUAACAUCACCAGAGAUUAGGUCUCUAACGAUUGGGAGGUGAACGCCAUGUGCACAAAGCUCCGCCCCCAGGAUCUAAGGUGGCUGACAAGAGGUGCCUCCAAACACAAGCAAGCAUUUCAGACCAGAAGUCAGUUUUCCAAAUGGGUUUUUUCAAUUUUCUUUGCUAAGGUCAAGGCUUUAUCCAUUUUUUUUUAUCAUGUUCUACAUAUCUUACAGAUUAUUUGUACAAGUAAGCAAAAAUAAACUAUUGCACCUUUAAAUGCUCCAGCUCCCACAUAAAAACAAGCAAUACAAUAAUUUGAAGCACUAAAACUAACUUAAGGGUACACAUAAAAAAAAGUAAUUGAAAUGUACCUGACUUUCAGGCUGUGUAUAUGCAGAUUCAAAGCAGGUGGCAGAAUUAAAGAAAUGAGAAGCACCCCAAGAUUACCCAGAUUUAGAAAGACUUGCAUAAAGUACAUCCAGGAGUAGGUAAUUUCUAAUUAGUGCCACCUGAACUAUACAAAACACACCCCAACCACAAGAGGGAGACAAGCAUACAUAAUGUGAAAAUCAGUAGUACAUUCUUCAUCACAGAUUCUUGGAUGAUAUGUGAAAACCAUUCAUAUACACAUUUGUACAUAACGGAUUAAAUUUUUAAAUGAUGUCUCAUUAGUUGCAGAUGUCCAUAACUCCAAAAAUAAAGUACGACUUAUAUAUGAGAAAUUACAUAUGAAUAUUGUUUUUGCAUAUCUAAUCUAAAGGCCCCAUAAGCCAUAACCAAUGAAAUGAAAUGUCUAUGCAUUUUCUUCUGUGAGAAAAACCACAUAAAACAUUUUUGUGUAGAAAUCCAUACUGAAGAUAAUGGCACCACACGUGAAAUAGCUUAAAGUUUGUCAAGUGCUGCCUUGGCGUUAAGUUUCCAUAAUCCAAAUAGACAUAUUAAAAGAUAUGUCGAGUCUUGAGCACACCUGAACAUGAAUUAUUAAUAUUGCGGUUCAAGAGUAAAAAACAUACACUGUUGUCUGACAUGCACAUAAACAAAGACAUGAUGCAGCAGGAAUGCUGUGG